UAUCGCAUGAGUGCGACGAAGCAAUCCAUUACCGCAACCACGAUCAUGAGUGAAUUCGAGGAAAAGAAGAUCGAGACAACCAUGCAGCAUAUCGAAGAUGCCAAGGAUGUGAACGUGGUUCAAAAAGUACAUGCCGAUGGACAUGUUGACCUCGUCGACGCGCACGCUAUCGGAGGAAAUGUGGAUGAGAUGCCCAGGGGGUAUUUCUGGAGUCCACAGUUUCUAGGCACUACCACAGCUGUAUGCUGUGGGAGCAUCUGCGCAUACUUGGGUUGGGUCUUGCCAGCGAAUACACUUGCCUUGAUUAAUGCGGAUAUCGGACCAUCAACCAACCUUAACUGGGUCGCUACCAUCUGGACAAUUGGCUCUGCAAUCGGCUUCUUGCUAGUCGGGCGCCUCUCGGAUAUUUUCGGGCGAAAAUGGAUGGUCAUGGGAACCAGCGUUCUUGGUCUUCUAGGCUGCAUCGUAGGCGGCACUGCGAAAAACAUCGAUACUUUGAUCGGGGCGAACUUGAUGAACGGCAUCGCUGCUGCGGGCCAGUUGUCUUUCGGGAUUGUACUGGGUGAGCUGGUACCGAAUAAGCAGAGAGGUCCUAUCGUGACGUUGGUUUUCGCCUCAUCACUUCCUUUCGCCGUUUUUGGGCCGAUCAUAGCUCGCACAUUCAUCGAAAAGACUGCAGCCGGGUGGCGAUGGUCAUAUUACCUAGGCAUCAUUCUCUCUGGUAUCACGAUCAUCCUCUAUCAGUUCUUCUACCACCCCCCUACUUAUGAGCAACUACAUGUCGGCGGAAAGCCAAAGUGGCAGCAAUUCAAGGAACUUGAUUUCGUCGGUAUCUUUCUGUUCAUCGCAGGCACUGUGCUAUUCUUGAUCGGUCUUAGCUGGGGUGGAACUACGUACCCAUGGACAUCUGCCGCCGUUCUCUGCACCAUUCUCAUCGGCUUCGCAACCUUAGUCGCAUUUGGUCUUUAUGAACAAUACGUCUUCAAAGGCCAAGCUAUCAUGCCCCCACGACUCUUUAAGAAGCUCGAAUACGUAGCUAUCGUCAUGAUUGCCGCUGUCGCUGCUAUGGUAUACUAUGCCCUCACUGUACUCUGGCCAACGAUUCUCAGCACCAUCUACACAACCGACGUAAUGCUCGUUGGGUGGUCAUCAUCCGUUGUUGGUGGAGGUAUUCUACUCGGGCAGAUUGCCGGUGGCUUCGCGAUUACAUACCUUCCAAAAGCCAAGUGGCAGCUCAUAAUCCUGUCGAUUAUGGGUACAGCGUUUCUGGCUGCGCAAGCUGGGAUGCGUGCGGAUGCUUACGCCACGUUCAUCACGCUCGGUAUACUGGCUACAUUCGUCAUCGGAUGGAUCGACAACGUAGUCUUCCCGGGAGUAACUCUCCUGUGGGAAUCCCAAGACAUCGGUCUCGCAACCGGCGUGCUGGGUUCCAUCCGCGCCAUAGGCGGCGCAGUAGCACAAACAGUCUACGUCUCUAUUCUACAGAACAAACUCGCUACCUUCCUCCCGCAAUACGUGGGCGCCGCUGCCACCUCGGCAGGUCUCCCUGCAUCUUCUAUUCCAGCGCUUUUAACUACUAUCGGUGCCGCUGGAAAUCUGACCAGUGUGCCGGGAAUCACGCCGGAUGUUAUUGCUGCGGCUGGCGCUGCGACACAGAAGGCGUAUUUGGAGAGUUUUAAGGUUGUUUUCCUAGCGACUAUUCCUUUUGGAGUUGUGUUGAUUGGGUUUUCGGUGUUGAGUCCGAAUUUUGAGGGCGUUUUGAGUGGGAAUGUGGCAAAGAGGUUGCAGGGUAUGAAGGGAGAGUUACAGGGUGAAGGAAGGGAAAAGGAAGGCGAUGCAGUUUAG